AUGAAGAGAGCUAGAGAGGAGGAGGAGGAUGAUGAGUACUCGCUCCUCUAUGGAGCUCUGUCGUGGUGUAGGGGACCGAUGAUCGGCCAAGGAACUUUUGGGUCCGUAUACAGAGCAGAUAUGAAGAAACCCAGAGCUUUUGGGUCGGUUGUGGCUGUGAAAUCGGCAGAUCCGUUGAAGGGGGGUUCGCUUUUGUGGGAAAAGACAGUUCUUGAUGCUCUCCAAGGCUGUCCUCAUGUUAUUCAGACAUUUGGAGCAGACACGACAAAACCAAGGAAUAGUAUUGUGCUUUACAACGUCCUGUUGGAAUUUGCUUCGGGAGGAAGCCUUUACGAUUUAAUCGUAAAAUCAGGCUGUGGUGGGUUGUCUGAGAGCGAUGUCAGAAAGCACACAAAGUCUAUGCUUGUGGGGUUGAAACACAUUCAUGAUCGUGGCUUCGUUCACUGUGACUUGAAGCCUGAUAAUGUUCUUUUAGUGCCUACUGCUGAUGGGUUUGAGGUGAAAAUUGCUGAUUUUGGAGUGGCAAAGAAAGCUUACACUAGUUGCGAGACAGAGACGCCAUCUUGGAGAGGGACUCCAUGGUAUUUAGCCCCAGAAUGUGUAAUUUACCGGGUACAAGAGGCCUUCUCUGAUAUAUGGGCUCUUGGAUGCACCGUGCUUGAAAUGCUGACUGGAAAACUACCGUUGCCUACCAUAUCUGGUUCUGACUCUCAAAUUGUGCCUGGAUCUGUGCCACACAUUCCGGACAACAUAUCAAAAGCAGCGCAGGAUUUCUUGAGGUGCUGUUUUGAAAUAAAUUUCAUGGAUAGAAUGACGGCUGAUGCGCUGUUAGAUCACCCGUUUCUGGUGGGAUUAGAUGACACAGAUUCUUCUUCACAUGUUCAACUAUCAAAAGAAGAAGCUGCAAAUGCUAAGAGGAUUAAAUGCAGUCCCUUGUCUUUUCCUUUUGGGUGUGGCUUCAUACCCUUAUCGGAUUUUUCAUCACAAGAGGCAGAGGUUCCAGAGAUUGGAGCUGAAAAUACAAACACAGUGACAUCUUUUCCUUUUUCAUCACAAGAGGCAGAGGUUCCAGAGAUUGGAGCUGAAAAUACAAACACAGUGACAUCUUUUCCUUUUUCAUCACAAGAGGCAGAGGUUCCAGAGAUUCGAGCUGAAAAUAUAAACGCGGUGACAUCUUUUCCUUUUGGGUGUAGUUUCAUACCCCUACCAGAUUCUUCAUCAAAAGAGGGAGAGGAGGAGGAGAUCCGAUAA